UCUCUCCUCCCUCCUCCGGGCCAGAAGAGAGGAGUGAUCAGCCUGAGUGUUUAAACAAACCAGAGUGCCGGCAGCACACAGCGGAGCUCACACACUCACACAGCUGUUCAGGGCUGAGGAAACUCUGGUGAUCUGAACCGAGGAGCAGCUGAGAAAGAAGUCAGACUUCAGCACCUGAAAAAGCAGUUUACUGAAGAAGACACAGCCCAGGACAAUUUAUCUGAGGAGCUGAAGGAGUGGGGAUAACACAGACCAGACCUUUGGCCCCCUCCCCUGCAGACUUUCACCUCCCAACCCCUGUCCACCAGUCCCCACCCCCUCCAACCAAACCCUCAGCACACUGACUGAAGCUACACAUUCUCCGGUGGCCGGCAGAUCUCACUCACAGACGUUAACUCAGACUGUCUGGCCCAGAGGGUCACCAGUGACAGUGCCAAUGGAAGCUCCGACGCUGGCUGAGAUGGGAGACUUGUGUCACCCUCGAUCUUCCUCCCCAGAGGGGGAGACUGUGUGUGCAGCUCUUGCCCGUUACGAGAACACUCUCCGGGAUGCCAUCAGGGAGAUCCACGUGGAUGUCGGCUCUUUUAAGCUGGGCAUGGAGCGUCGCCUGGAGGAGACGGCCAACCUGAGCGGGCCCCUCGGACGAGCUGUGGCUCAGCUGCAGCAGGAGAACCGGCAGCUCAAGAGUCAGCUGGAGGCUCUGACCAGACAGGUGGAGCUGCUGAGUGGCAUCACAUGUGACAAGAGCACUUUGUUGAACAACAACCACAAUCAGAACCUGAAGAAUCACCUAAAUGACAUUCAGGAGAACCAUCAGGAGAUAAAGGAGGUGAUCUAUGGGAAGGGUCAGGCCUACACUCACAGCCAGGCUCCUCUCCACAUCCACAACUCCACCUUGGGGAGCCAAGCGCAGACCUUCAGCAACCUCAGCAGUCCGUCCAGCCCUGCAUCCCCCCCAGCCACCUUCCCCUCCUCCCCCAGCUCCAGCAGUCCUCCUGCUGGCUCCAGAGUUUCUUCCAUGGUGACGAGCCCAGUGUCUGGCAGCAGCCCCUCCAUCACCCGCUUCUCCAGCCGAGCCACCUUCGCUGUGUCCAGCAAGACCAACAGCAUUGAGCGAGAGGAGCCAAUAGAAGUGGACCCAGCCCCAACACAUGCUGCACAGGAGAACGGACACACCGCUGCAACAGAGCAUUCGGUGUUGGUACAUGGGAAGAUCUCUCCACCCACUGACUUCCCACAUGAGCACACGGCACCAGUCGCCAUGCGGAUGCCUCACCUUCCCAUCACCGCUACAACCAAGACAGCAGAAAUCAAAGGUUCUCCGGUCUCUCCCAGCAGCCCUGUCGGUUCUCUGUCCUCCUCCAUCGCAGAGGCCCAACCUACCGACCAAUCAGCUGCAAGCGCCGCCCAGCCCCAGCAGACAGAGGAGUCUCUAAUUCAACCAGUACCCUCUGUGAAGACAUGGACUCCUACACCUAUCAGAGCUCUGGGAUCUCCCUGUCUUCAGGAGAAAGUAAGUUCAGCUCCUGCUAAGUCUGUGACCUAUUCAGGGCUGCCACAGCCUGACAGAGACGGUGAUGUAAGCAGUGACAGGUCCUUUGGGCAGAUGGGGGAGAGGAGGCGGGAGCUGGUGAGAUCACAAACUCUGCCUCGCAACAUUGGCGCUCAGGGUCGUCGAUCUAUCUUUGAAAGGCUGGACGCUGAAGCCAGUAACAGUCGCCCUAAACCAGUGGACUCUAAACCAAAGCUGAAGCGGUCCCAGAGUUUUGGUGUGUCCAGCGCCAGCAGCAUCAAGCAGAUCCUUCUUGAAUGGUGCCGCUCCAAGACCAUCGGCUACCAGAACAUCGACAUCCAGAACUUCUCGUCCAGCUGGAGUGAUGGGAUGGCUUUCUGUGCACUGGUCCACUCCUUCUUCCCCACAGAGUUUGACUACAAUGCUCUGUCUCCAGCCAACCGCAAACACAACUUUGAGCUGGCCUUUGGAACUGCAGAAGUGAAGGCAGGCUGUGACCGGCUGAUCGAGGUGGACGACAUGAUGAUCAUGGGCCGUAAACCAGACCCCAUGUGUGUCUUCACCUACGUCCAGUCCCUCUACAACCACCUGCGCAAGUUUGAGUGAAGCUCGGAUGCCUCCAUCAGAGCUCAACAGACUCUGUACUUUUGUCAAACUCUUCUUUGCUGUCAGACAGACACCUCACUUGGAGCUGAUGGAGACCCAGGCCUGGCAUGAGAGCCUUUUGGAAAGACUAGGUCGCCCCCUAGUGGUGGAUUAGCGGACAUUCCUCCACAUGCUGCAGCUAAGCUCCUGCCCAGACAGCUUAGAUCACAGUGGUUUAUGAUUACUGUGUGUGAACAGUAAUGAAGAGGAUGAAUUUACACACAGCUGUACAGGCUGCUCUGAAAAGUACUGUUUUGUUUUUUUUUAGUUUGUGUAUGAGUGUGUGUAUGUAGAUGUAUUGGAAACGAGUUGCUGUGUUGCAUAAAUGUUUAUUAUCACCACACGUUUGAAAGUGAGUGUUCGUGCUAGCCUUGAGUUUUGCACCGAUUCAGAGGAGGUUGUCUCAUCAGUGUCGCUGAAAACUGUCUGUGAUGCAGCAUGGCACUGUGCUAUAGAGAAUAAAAUGAUCGUGUGAUGAGGUGCUGAGUGAUAACUCCAUCCACGCGUGCUGUGUGACAUUGUGUUGUUGAGAUGAUUUUGAGAAAUGAAAAUUCGACCCAAUAAAUUGUAUCAUACGCCUA